UGGAGAGAGAGUGGGGGAUCAGGUGGUAUCUAGUUCAGGCUCGUUCUCUCUCUCUCUUUCUUUGGCUUUGGCUAUCUCAUUCACUCACCCACGAACCUUCCCUCUUAACCAAUCUUCUUCUUACAUAAACACCUCUCAUUCCCACCGUUUCCAAAAGAGAAAACUUUCCACACCAAAAGAAAAAAAAAAACAGAAACAGAAACAGAACACACACACAAGUUUUGUUCAAUCUUUGAGGUAAAGAUUGGAUUUUUUGAAAAUAUUUGUCGUGAAUGAAAUGGGGGAGCUUUUGUUGUCUCGUCUACUAUUGAAUCAGUCAACCUCAUCCAUUGUUGCUUAUCUCAAAAGGUAUUUUCUUAGAGGUUCUUCUUCUUCUUAAAAAAGUUAAGUUUGGGGGUGCUCUGGUACUUUGAAUGUAAUUUGUAGCAAAAAAGGAAAGACUUUUCUGAUUAUAAUUUCGAUAUGUAUACUUCUCGGAUGGGUUUGAGUCGGAGUUUCCCGCCGCUUUUUGGGGGAUUUCGGGAACUUCUAGGGUUAGGGUUGGAUAUUGUGUUUCUCUAGCAGUCUUCUCUCCUUUCUUGAGACUAAAAGAAGUCUUUUUAAUUGUUUUUUUUGGGUUCCUGGGAAUUGAGAUUUGGGAUCUUAAUCAACAUGUGGGUUAAUUGGGAGAUCUGGGAUUUGGGAGAUCUUGUGAAGGAUUGAAAAAAAAAGAAAAAGCUUUAUUAUAGAUUUAAGAAUGGACAAGAAGUGAAGAAGGUGGAAGUUUUGUUUUUGUGUGAAAUGAAAGGUUCUUCUAUUCUUACUGUUUUGUCAAUGGAGAACCAUCAUCCUUCAACGCUCUUAUCUAUGGAUUCUAGUGGUUCGUCUCAUGAGGAACUUGAUCUGGAGAUGAACAAUGGUAAUAGGCAAAUCACUCUUUACAAUCCACCAGACAUCAAUCUGCCUUUGUCUGUAGGACGAAGCUCUCCUUCAUGGAACUUGGAUUCUUGUGAUAACAUUUUGGAUGUUGGUCUUAGCUCCCAUGUCUACGAGACCGAGACUUUUCUCAAUGUGGUUCCCAGCAAAGUCGCCAAGAAAUGCUUGAAACGGGGUGAUAGUAUGUGGGGAGCUUGGUUUUUCUUUAGCUUCUACUUCAGACCUGCGUUGAAUGAGAAAUCAAAGUCUAAGGUCAUUAGGGAAGCUAGUAAUGGAGGAGGAGGAUGUUUUACUGGGUUUGAUAAAUCUGAUCUCAAGCUUGAUGUGUUUCUUGUUCAGCAUGAUAUGGAGAACAUGUAUAUGUGGGCUUUUAAGGAUAAACCCGAGAAUGCUCUCGGGAAAAUGCAGUUGAGAAGCUAUAUGAAUGGGCAUUCUCGUCAGGGCGAGCGUCCGUUUCCCUUUAGCGCUGAGAAAGGGUUUGCUCGGUCUCACCGAAUGCAGAGGAAGCAUUACAGGGGACUCUCUAAUCCUCAGUGUCUUCACGGUAUAGAGUUUGUGCCUUCGCCGAGUUUGUUGUGUGUCAGUGAAGAAGAUAAGAAGAGAUGGAUGGAGCUGACGGGUCGAGAUUUGAAGUUCACUAUUCCUCCUGAUGCUAGUGAUUUUGGUUCAUGGAGAAAUCUUCCCAACACGGAUAUCGAGCUUGAGAGACCGCCUCAUGUUACAAAACAGGCAACAAACAACGCCAAGAAGAUUCUCAAUGGCUCGGGGUUACAUUUGACAAGUAACGCGUCUUUCAGUAGCAACGGGGACUCUUCUGAUCAAUCUCCAGGAGGAGUCAACAACAAGAAGAGAAAAGAGUUUUUAUCUCCGGGAAGCAGUGAAGAAGAAUGUUGUUUGACUGUUAACAACAUUGAGACUCACCAUGCCAAGGACCCGCCCAGUUGGGUGAACGACUUCACUGGAGUGAUGAAGAACAGCUGCGGACCCGUGACAGCAGCAAAAACGGUGUACGAGGACGAAGAAGCUUAUCUGGUUGUAAUAACUCUACCGUUUGUGGAUUUGAACACCGUCAAGGUUUCAUGGAGGAACAGUAUCACAAAUGGUAUCGUGAAGGUCACAGGAAUGAGCACUUCGAGGGCUUCAUAUGUGAAGAGACGGAACCGGACUUUCAAGCUGGUUGAUCAGACGGCUGAGCAUUGUCCACCGGGUGAAUUCAUGAGGGAGAUACAAUUGCCAAAUCGGAUUCCAGAAGAAGCAAACAUCGAAGCAUAUUUUGAUGGGACUGGACCAGUUUUAGAGAUUGUGGUUCCAAAACUGAGCGGAGUGGAGGAAGAACACGAGGUUAGAGUUUGUCUGCGGUCACACCACCUCGGAUGAAAGAUGCAACCUUGUUUUAUGUGUUUGUAGAAGCAUUUUGUUGUGUACAAUGGGAAAAUAAGCAAAAGCAGAAGCAUAAGUGCUCUUUUCUUUUUCACUUUUAAUUUUUUCUGCUUCGGUUGCAAUAUAUAUUUUAUUCUUCA